GCAUGCGCAGUAAUGUGUUAUUCACUUUCGCUACCUUUCCAACUUGAUGUUCAAAGAGAUUUCGAGAGAGGAGAAAGAUGUCUGCCCCUGUAGUACGGGCGACAGUAAGAGCAGUCAGCAAGAGAAAACUGCUUCCAACUCGGGCUGCGUUAACUCUGACGCCAUCAGCAGUAAGUAAGAUUAAACAUCUGUUACAAAACAAACCAGAAUAUAUCGGUCUGAGGGUGGGAGUCCGAACACGUGGCUGCAAUGGACUCUCAUACACAUUGAACUACAUCAAGGAGAAGGAGGAGACAGCAGAUGAGGAGGUGCUGCAGGAUGGGGUCAGAGUCUUCAUAGAGAAGAAGGCGCAGCUCACCCUGCUGGGAACCGAGAUGGACUAUGUGGAGACCAAGCUGGCGAGCGAGUUUGUCUUCAACAACCCCAAUAUCAAAGGGAUGUGCGGCUGUGGCGAAAGCUUCAGUGUUUGAGCAGGUCGCCCUCCUGUCUCACUCGUUUCUUACUCAGUCGGUUCACCCCCUCAUAAUCUUCCAGAUCAGCUAGGUGUUGCCAAGUAAGCGAGAGAUUAAGUGACUCUGGGUGAGUCCAUGCAUUGAAGGGGUCUGGAUGUAUCCGUUUUCUGUAAUAUGUAUUAUGUAGAUCACGUAUUUUGGCACUACUUGUGCCCAUUUUGGCUGUGUGGUUUUGCUCUCAACAGUUCCACCUCUGCUACUCAUCCAGAGCAAAGAGCAGUUAAUUCUGCACAGACCUGUGUCAGGUAGCAUAUCUAUGUAUAUAACAAAUCUAUAUGUCUAUGGAAAAACUUGAUGCUAAAUCAAACAUCCCCCCCUCCCCAAGAAAUGGUCCAUGAAAGCUAACAGAACAUGUCAAAGUUGAUAUACAUGCCUGCAUGCAGACCUCUGUGCGCGCCAAGUGUGUCUGGUUUUCCACUGUAAGGUCUGGUAUUGUCACAAACUGAUCACAAAUGAAUGACAUGGACCUAAAGGCUCCUGUCCAAGCACUAAUGCAGCUCAGCACCACUGGGCAAACACUGAACUGUGCAGCUGUGUUUUCUGAGGCACCAAAGCUAGGAGUGCAUGUCUAAUACAAAACCAGAGACAUGAAUAUGGUCCCUUCAUAUGUUAGUCUAAAACUGGAAGGUCAUGGCAUUUCAUUUUGGACGUAUGAGUUUGACUUGAGUCUAGGGUCAGUGGGUAACUCUGAAUAUAUCAGUGCUUUGAAUCACUCUGGGAUACCGUCUGAGUUGUUUGUUUAGAUUAUGAAACUUUUUACCAGUAGUCCAGAGAUGACAGUAUAAUGCUCUUUGCUGAAUUUGCAAAGAGCUUCAGAUAUGCGGGGCUUCCUUCUAGCGAGGGGAAGAGUACAGGUUCAUGCUGGUAUGGUGUUUUGGAUCUGUUAAGAUGCUGGUUGGUCUACUUUAACUGAUAGGAAAUGUAAAGACCGCCAACCAUGGGAUUUGAAGUUUAGUUUCUCCCAUUACUGCUUGCUACGUCAUGGAGAAAUUCAUUUCCACCAUAAUUUUCCAUGAUUUUUUUCUAACCGCUAAGAAUUAUUUGCUUGCCGUCAACCGAGUGGUUUGCGAUUUUGAAAUUGCUAAAAGCCUAUAAUAGCUCAACAAAAGAGGUUUAUAAAACGAGCACCUCUUUGGCCUCAAUCUAUGUGACUUGGAAGGCAAAGACCAUUGAUGUUGUUGGGCUGUUUACAGUGAUGAGAUGUAUGCUGCCUAUUCAUGUUACAUCCAUUUUUUUUCUUGGUUCUGCUUGUUUGUUCACUUGCGGAAACAUUGGAUUUUUUUUUAGGCUCGGGGGAAGAAUGAGGAAUGAUAUCCAGAAUAUGUUGAGGGCAAGGGGAACAUUUUUUAUAAUUAUUAUUUCUGUUGUUUUAUCCUCUGGUUAUAUGUAUAUAUAAAGAAUGUAUAGUACUCUUUAACCCCAUAAUGAAACGCACAAAUUACAUAUACAAAAGAGGAAUGGACUAUUUCAGUGUCAAAACAACAGAAUGUGUUUGUACAGCGUGUGGUAUUAUUACUUGUGCAAUAUGUCAUUAAAGUUUCCAACAGA